CAGGGCUUCAGUGUUGGUAGUCGUGAACUGUAUUUAGCUGUUUCGGCUUAAUCUAGUACCUACUGUCUACAAUAGCUCGAUGGUGUGUAUAAUAAAAAUCUAAAACGGCCAUCAAAAAACAGAAAUGGCAGCUUCAAUGUGGAAGGAUAAAGGCCAAUUGGUUUUUGAAGAACAAUGGCCUCUGAUGAGACCUACCAUCUUAAAACUGCUACGUCAAGAGCCUGUUAGCCGAGCAGAGUGGCAUGAACUCUUCUGGUCUGUGCACAUGGUAUGCUUGUGGGAUGAAAAAUCACAUGCCAAAAUGUAUAAGGCAUUGCAAGAUGACAUUCUUGAAUUCAUUAAGCAAGCACAAACUAGGGUACUGACUCAUGAAGAAGAUCAGUCAUUGUUAAGGGCUUACAUCAGUGAAUGGCGCAAAUUUUUUACCCAGUGCUCAUAUUUGCCUAUGCCUUUCUUCCAACUUGAAACUGCUCUUCAGGGCAAGAGCCAUAGCUCCAUACAGAAAAAGCCCCAGCAGAAUACUGAUGACAGUCUAGUCAGAAAGCUAAUGUUGGAUUCUUGGAAUUUAAGUAUCUUCUCCAACAUAAAAAAUCGUUUACAAGAUUCUGCAAUGAAGUUGGUCCAUGCAGAAAGAAAUGGAGAAGCAUUUGACUCACAGUUAGUUAUUGGAGUGAGAGAGUCCUAUGUUAACCUGUGUUCAAAUUCUGAGGAUAAAUUAACUAUCUACAUGGAAAACUUUGAGAAAGCCUACAUCGAUUCCACCGAAGCUUUUUACAAGCUCAAAGCUCCGCAGUAUUUGGAAAUUAAUGGAGUUCAAAAUUACAUGCGGUACGCUGAAUGUAAACUACGGGAAGAGGAACAGCGUGCCAAUAAAUACCUAGAAUCCUGUUCAAUAGCGACGCUCAACGGAUGUUGUGUGAAUGUUUUGGUGACAGCAUUCAAAGAAACCAUUCUAGCAGAGUGUUCGUCCAUGAUUAAACAAGACGAAACACAAAAAUUGCGAAUGAUGUUUCGACUGAUGGAUCGAGUUUCAGACGGAAUUGCACCUAUGCUUAAGUAUCUAGAAGAUCAUAUCAUCCACGCAGGGUUGGCCGACAUGAUGGUCGCAGCCGAAUUGAUCACCCAGGAUUCCGAAAAAUACGUGGAGCGACUUUUGACGCUGUUUAACCAGUUUAGUCAGUUGGUCAAGGAAGCCUUUGACGAUGAUCCACGCUUCCUCACUGCUCGUGAUAAAGCAUACAAACAUGUUGUGAACGAUACGUCAGUCUUCCGAUUAGACUUGCCUACAAGAUUGCCAGGACCAGGCAUCAGUGGAGGAGUGAAAACUCAACCUGAAUCUCGUUGCCCAGAACUUUUAGCAAAUUUCUGCGACAUGCUACUGCGUAAAACACCACUGAGCAAAAAACUCACAUCUGAUGAAAUUGAAAGCAAACUUAAGGACGUGUUACUAGUACUGAAAUACGUUCAAAACAAAGAUGUGUUUAUGCGAUUUCACAAGGCACAUUUAACUCGGCGGUUAAUCCUAGACACUUCUGCAGAUAGUGAAAAAGAAGAAAACAUGGUUGAAUGGUUGCGAGAAGUAGGAAUGCCUGCUGAUUAUGUCCACAAGCUUGCCCGUAUGUUCCAGGAUAUCAAGAUUAGUGAAGACCUAAACCAACAAUUUAAAGAAGAAUAUAGAAAGACGAAGGGGAACAUUGCCGAUUCCAUCAACAUAAAAAUUUUGAAUGCCGGAGCUUGGGCUAGAGGAUCCGACAGAGUGACUGUAUCUUUGCCCUUAGAGUUAGAAGACUACAUCCCAGAAGUGGAAGAUUUCUACAGAAAGAAGCACAGUGGGAGAAAACUGCAGUGGCAUCAUCAUAUGUCAAACGGAACUAUUCAAUUCGCCAACUCGGUUGGCAGGUUUGAUUUGGAUGUUACGACUUUCCAAAUGGCCGUCCUCUUCGCAUGGAAUGAACGACCGCAAGAAAAAAUAUCUCUUGAAAAUUUGCGCUUGGCUACGGAGUUGCCGGAUGCUGAGCUUCGUCGAACAUUAUGGUCUUUGGUGGCUUUUCCGAAACUUAAACGCCAGUUAUUGAUUUGUCAUCCCGAAGUACAGUCUCCGCGAGAUUUUACUGAAAACACUAUUUUUGCCGUCAAUCAAGAUUUCAGUCUAGUAAAAAAUGGAAAAGUUCAAAAACGAGGCAAAAUCAAUUUGAUCGGACGUCUACAAUUAUCAACCGAAAAAAGCAAAGAAGAAGAAAAUGAAGGCAUUGUUCAACUGCGCAUUUUGCGUACUCAGGAAGCAAUAGUCAAAAUACUUAAAAUGCGAAAGAAAAUUAGCAACGCCCAGUUGCAAACUGAGCUAGUAGAAAUUUUGAAAAACCUUUUCAUCCCAUCUAAAAAAAUGAUUAAAGAACAAGUUGAAUGGCUGAUAGAACACCGUUACAUGAAACGCGAUGACAAGGAUAUUAAUACCUUUAUUUAUCUAGCUUAAAAAUUAGGAAAACAACCAUCGUGUGAAAACUUGAUCUGAUUUAAGUUUCUCGUGUACAUCUUUCAUCCUGUCUGCAUUUUCCCUUUAAGCCUAACAGUUGACGUAUUACUCGGUCACGCGAAAA